GGCCAUAAUUUGAACACGUCAAUAAGCAGGUAUUUCACAUCUGUCAAAGUGUCACCGUGAACGAUACGAAAUAGGAAAAUACGCAGCAGGAAUCAUCGAUGAAAUUGUUAUUGAAAAGUCACUAUCGUUUAGUGAGAAAGGGAAAAGCCACAAGCAUGGUGUUUGACGCAGCAUAUACAACAUUUAAAUGUUUCACCAGAAUCAGGAUGACAAACUUCACUGUGAUUCUCAUUAUAACAGUGCAAUCACUAUGCCUGGCGUUGGAGCCGACCACAUCCCAAAUUGAGAAUGACGUUGAAAACAAUACAUCUUUCGACUGUCGUGCCACAACUUCGUUAAUGAAAGAUGAAAUAAAAUCUCAUCUCUUGAAAUUACAGUCUCAAAUUGCACCCAUUUCAUUGGACCUUUUAUCGCCUGAUGUGUUAUCAGUCGAAGAUCCCUUGGAGUAUUGGAUUCGUAAAACAAACAACCUAUCUCCUCGAGAUAUUGCGCAGACAAACACAGAUGUGAACUUUGUUAUGAAUUCGAAUACAUUUCCUGAGAGUUACAUCGCAUACGUUGUAGUUCUGAAGUCGAUUCUUAACUGUCAGAGUAUGCUUAUCAGUGCUAAAGAUGGUAUCCGAAAAAUUCAAGCUAUACGUGGUUCAAAAACAGAGGAAAGCUUUUCUAUGCCAUCUGAUAUAUCAUUGCCACCUGAGCUGUCUGACACGGGAUUAUUUUCACCUGAUAUCUUCUCUGACCCUGAUACACCUCUACGUCUUGUCAAUAAACUAUUGCAUAUUCCAAAAAAAGAGAUUCCAAACUUAAAGAUGCGUAUAAAGAAUUUUGCAAACAUGGCGAAAGAAUCAAAUAAGUUUACUGGUCAACUAUGGAGGUCGUACAUAUCGUAUUGUUAUGGCUUGAAUAUAUUCUUCAGAUACGACAUUGCUCCCGUGGGUAUGAAAACUGAUCUGGAUAAACUAAAGCAGUUUCAGAUUAUGAGAUCAAAUUCGCCGAGGCGGUGUUUCCAAUUGUUUGGCCAAUCAAGCGAUGAAAUUUACAAAUCUCAAGGUUCGCAUAAAACAGAACCUAACAACUCAAAUCUGGGCCCAGUAGUUGGAAAUUCACCAAAUGCUGUUCUCUCAAGUGGUAGUUCCAGUAUUGAAUCUCCAUGUGAACCCUUGCCGCAAACAGCAGACUCGAGGACAUUGCCGAAUAUUCUAUCGUUUGAGAUAUUCUCUCAAGCUGAUAUUUUCCGUUAUCUUGUCAAUAAAAUAUUGGGAAUAAGUUCAUGGAAAGAGCAAAUUCAAUCCAUCAAAGAUGAAGCGGAUAAAGCUUUGGAAGGAAAACCACUUCCUGCAUGCUAUUUCCCAUAUGCUACCUUACUCUCGUCGAUUCUGAGGUGCUUGAUACAUCUUGUGAACUCGUCAGAGGUAGAUACAUACAUACGAGGAAUCAAAAUGCGUCGCGCUAGGAAUAUCAAUGGUUUUAAUUUUUUACCGAUUGACAUUUCUUCAUCGUCCGAGUUAUCGGAAAUAUUUUCUUACGAUAUUUUCUCUGAUCCCAAACCUCCGGCGAUAUUUCUUGACAAAAUCUUGAAAAUGCCGAGUGAAAAAAUCACAAAUUUGAAGAUCCAGUUACAAAAUUUUCUACAAAAGUGGAAACAGAUAGAUUUGCAGAAGACUCCGUUCCCAUAUUGGUACAACUGGUAUGCUAAAUCUGUGUUUACAUUUUUACAAGAUGAAUCCGUAUUGAAUGAUUUGAAAAAGAAUAUAUUUAGUUGAUGUUCAACGCAGAAUGGUUUCUGGCGAAGACAUUGUCAUUUAAGAAAUUGAUUCGCCAAUAGGAGUUUAUAAUUAUUGCUAUAAAUUUGAGUAAAUAAGUAGGUAUUAUUAUAAAGUAAAAAUUGAAAAUCGAG